CAACGCUAAGAUUUUCAUUUUGAAAAUUUGUACUAGUACAAAAAUGGCUAUCGAAGAUACUGCUCAGGCAGCUACCGAUACUGACAUGGACGAAAAGUCUUCAGAAUCGCCACCCAACCGAUGGUUUGGGAUUAACAAAAAUUUGAUAACGCUUAAAUUAACUUUGUUUUUUCUUUAUGGAGCCACCUCAUCUUUAGUUCCUUACCUAACAAUCCACAUGCAAAACAUUGGCUUAAAAAUGGAAGACAUUUCCUUGGUGUACUUGGCAUUACCUUUAACCACUUUCCUAGCACCCCCAAUAACCGGAUUCUUAGUGGACAAAUUCGGCCGUUACAAACCGGUGGUUAUAGUUUCGUUUUUACUAACCGCCGUUCUCCAUCAUGCUUUACUCUUUAUUCCGGGCCAAGAGCUACCGGGCGUCCAACCUCCAGGUUACGUGAUCACGCAUCCGAAAAAAAUGUACGUGGAAGUUUGGUGGAGUCCUUGUCCGUCGAAAGAGUGUCCGGAAGCCGAAGAGAUUGACGUGGUGCUGGACAUGUGCGUGGAUCAUUGUUUGUUGAAGGAGCAAAAAGAAACAAAUCCUCAGUUGAUUGUUUUCGGUAAUGGAACCGAGGUUGGUUUGGAUCCUGGCGAAGAGGACAAUUUGGUUUUUCAUUUAGGGAAAAAUAAUACCAGAGCAAAAAACGGUUCUGGUCUGGUAAUAACCCUAGACAUGCAUCCAAAUCUAGGCGAACCAAUCGAACAAUUCGGCUUCGAAAUGGAAGAAGAAGAAGACGUGAACGUGAUGGAACUAUCGAAAAGAUUCAACCCGCGGCUGUUGAAACGUUACGGCGUCCAAACGCAAGAACUCGAAGGUUUGGACUUGAGAUGCGGCGGAAUAGUCUACGCCUCGAACACCGUAACCAAAAACCGCCUGAAGAUAAUGUCCAAAGAUUGUAUUUUCCAAAAAUGCCAGUUUCGUACGAACGGCCCGAACCUGUGUCCGCCCGAUUACAAAGAGGCCGACAAUAAGACGUUUUGGAUUUACUUUUUGUUGAGAUUUACUGGUACAAUUAUGUUGACCGCUGGAGUGACCAUCAUGGACCCGAUAGCUUUGGCUUUGAUCGAAAAAUUUGGGGGCGAUUUUGGCAAGGAGCGUCUAUUUUCUAGUCUUGGAAUGGCGAUAUUUUCGCCGUUGAUUGGUUAUCUUAUUGAUUUGAACAGCCAAAGCUCCGGACAUACAGAUUACUCGGCUGCUUUUUGGGCUUUCGAUGUCCUUUUGAUUAUUUCAGCUGGGGCGGCUUUUAUGAUGCCAUUGGACACCAAACUACCAUCGGACAAUGUCUUUAAGGAUUUAAUCAACAUUUUUAAAAUGCCUAAAGUUGUAGUGUUUGUGAUAUUUUUGUAUAUUUUAGGCAAUCUAUGGGGCUUUAUUGAGAGCUAUUUGUUUUUUUACUUGAGAGACUUGGGGGCACCAAAUUCACUUCUUGGUAUAACUGUUACAGUUGGUACUAUAAGUAGCUUGCCCUUUUUGUACGGUUCUGACAGUAUUGCUCAUAAAUUUGGGCACGUUAAUAUUAUUAUUUUAGCAUUUUUUGCUCAUGCAGCUAGACUAAUUGGUUAUUCAUUCAUCAAGAGUGCUUGGUGGUGUUUCCCGUUUGAAGCUUUAGAAUCUCUUUCAGUUCACUUGAUGUGGGUAGCUGCAGCUACUUAUUGUGCUAUUCUUGCACCAUCAAAUUUACUAGCAACCCUCAUAGGGGUAGUAGGAAUGGCCCAUUACAGUAUAGGAAGAGGUUCUGGAUCGUUUAUCGGCGGACACAUUAUAAGCAAAUUCGGCAUCAGAGAUGCUUUCAAAAUAAUGGGAACCGUUGCAGCUGCAUCUGGAUUUAUUUAUAUUAUCUUGUAUAGAUUUUGGCUAAAAAAAAAUGAAGCUAAAUUUGAUGAAGACUUUGAUGAAGACCCGGCAACAGAAAAACUUAGAAACGACGAACCCAAAUUCAAAGACCAAGGUACUAUGGUCAGUUGCGAAAGAUUAAGCAUUAUGGUUGAAUAUAACCAAAUCGGUUCUCUAUCUUCGUUGGGCAGAAACCAUUUGCCUAGAGUUAGAAGUAACAGUAUCAGAAGAGGAAGUUACUCAGGGGCUCAAAAUACAAAAGUAUCUAAAAACGAUUUACUUAAAUCAACAAUCGAAGUCAGUCAUAGCAAAAGCAAUGCCAAACUGAAUAAGAUUAGGGCUGACAGUAUUGGAUGGUUGAGUUCUGAAUUCAAUGCACCAAGAAGUCAAAGUUUAGCGAUACAAGAUAGAGACGAACUAAUUUUGAAUGAAAAAGAUGAAAUUGUUUAUGAUGAAAUUAAAAAGAAACAACCGGAAAAGAGUAUUGAAGGAAGGAUAAGUUGCGAGGUUGCUAGAAGUCAUGACAAAGAAGAAAAUGUCACAAAAUACCAAGGGACGUGACAAUAUAAUUUGUGAUAAAUUGUUAGAAAUUUAUUAAUAAAAAAAUUACUAUUUUUGCGUAUUAGAA